AAGGCCAGCCUCGUGAGUGGAGACUUUAACUUUCCUGUUUUUGGUUCUUGUGGAUCUCAUUCAGGAAUUCCCGUUUCACAUCAAUUUCAAUUUUUCGUGAAGAGAUUUACCUAUUGUUUUGGCUACUUUUUUGGCAUUGAUUUUGAUUUAUCGACUCUGGAUAAGCCUAAUCUUCCAACCCUACCAUCAUGUCAUCUGCCGACGACAUUAAGUUUGAGACGGUCUUCUCUGGAGAGGGUUGGGAGAAGCCGCAAGCCGCUGGCACGGUGGUCUUGAAGUUAUAUCAACCCAACUCCGCUAUACCAACUGCGUACUACGAAUACGCACUGUCGACGCACAAAAUCGCGACGUCGCUCGCUUUCACUGCUGAUGAUGCAGCGUGUGAGCUUCCGAGUAGUAUAGCAACGUGCUUUCAAGUGAAAGAGGACGGGACAUGUGGAAUCGGUGAAAAGUUUUCGGCCUACCUUCAGACCUGCGCAAUCGGGGAGGAGUUUCGCGUCACCAGUAAUUGCGCGACGACAAGUGGCGGAAACAAUGGCGGACCAGCCGACUCAGAAGCUGUCGUGGUAUUGAGUGCUCUCUUCAUGGUUGUGAUGUGCACAACCAAUAACGCAGUGCGUUUUCUCUACCUCACACGGCCUUCCUGAGUGCCACGUUAGCUUCUUUUCAGUUUAACUCCCUUCUGACAGGUUUCUCUCGAGAGUAUUACAGCGAAGCAGCCAGUUGAGUCGGUCCCGGCGGUGCUUAGCCCGGGUGCGAACGGGCUAGAAAAAUUUGUUGCAAAACCACCAAAGUCGAGAUUGAAUAACCAGACACCCGAUGGGGCAGUGGUCAGUGUGCGGGUGCGGACAAGCAUAAAUUCGCCCUGGACAGAAUUCAAAGAAGUCACGCUUGGCGACGGAAGCAUGCCGGAUUUGGUGGAAUUGGCAGUUGCCUCUAUGAGGGAGGGCGAGAGAUCGUAUCUAACCGCUCCCCUUGCGCUCUGCCCGCUUUUUCGCAAGAACGCGUACGGAGAGCAGCACUACGACCUCGAGAAAGCGAUGAAGGAGGCACCCUAUUUCGCGGUGGCGCUAGACACAGUCUCCGCUCCGAAUCUUGCUCGAGAUUGGAAGACGCUGGCACCUGCCAGAAAGGACAUCGGUGCAAAACUGUUGCAGGAGAAACCAAUCCCAAGGAUACUGUUGGCAAGACGGAUCUUCGAGCAGACGGCAAGACUCGUGCGUCAAGAAGUAAAUGUCACCGGUACUAUCCUGAGAGUAGACGCGAGUAGGUGUAAAGAUCGAGAUUUCCUGUGCCUGUUUUGCACCAAUCAUUUUUUGCUGGUUCUUGAGUAGUAGUACGUGGAUGUUCGUGAUAAAAAACAUGUUCAGCACAAAGUCACGCGUGUCUCUCAUUUUUCUGUCACAGGCGCUAGUGGCUCUGCUGGAUCGGAAGAGUUCCAGAAAUUGUACCGCGCGUGUCUAUCAAACAUGGCCCUGGCUGACUUGAAGCUGGCCGAAGGCGGGCCACUUGGCGUGGUUGCGAAGUCUCCACCCUGCUUGUUUUUUGCGACCAGCGCCGUCACAACGUGUAAUGAACUGCUGGAGUCCGAACCAACAAAUCAAAAAGCGAUUUACCGGCGAGCUUUGGCAAAUGAGAUUCUGGGUGAAGAGGCAGAGGCUAUGAAAGAUGCGAAAGCGAUACUCGCGGACGACCCGAAGAACAAGGACUUCCUCGUGCUUGCGCACCGGUUGAAGGACGCCAAGAGCAGAGGCGGUUCGAAGGGGUCCAAGCUGUCAAGUAAAAUGUUUGGUGGUGGCGACGGAGAUCAGCGCACAGCGGAGGCCCGGGCGCGGCAGCAAGAGACUGCGAAUAUGAAUCCAAUGGACGAAAAGAUGCCACCUGGAAUCAGUCCCAUGGACGUACUUGCCUAAUUGUUCUUCUGUAAAUUUCGCUAAGAGAAAGUUUGCGCACUGUUUUUACAACAAGAUGAUCAAAUACUGUAGCUUUGCCGGACCCAUAAAAAGGAGAUGAGUGUUUUGAUUCGGAAAAUGUUGGAAAAUACAUGAAUUUCCCAGGUCGCGCGCAGACAAGGGCAUGGCGAAAUCGUGAACAUUUUGGAAGAGCACCAGGCGAAACAAGCAAAAGAGAAAGAGGCCAGGCACGAAGAACGGCGGCAGGCUGGUUGCCUCAAUUCCGAUACUGAGGAUGAAGAUGGAGAGGAUCGCUUCAAAUUGAAGCGAUAUCGGGAGGCGCAGAAUAAAAAGUAAGCCUGGGAGCUCUGAAAUACCAGGCUCCAGCGCAACUUUGAAUCGAAUGGAAAAAGGAGAUUGCUUCUUUUUCCUUGCGUGCCAGCUCCUGGCCCAAAAACCGAUGUGAUUUGAAACGAACAGCGACAGCAAGCGACACGAGCAUAUGAGUGUGAAUGCAGAACAGAGAUGAAUGGCAC